AUGCGUUCCUCACACAGUUUUAUUCUCACCAUCUUGGCUCUGGGCUAUUCUGCUUUGGCUGCACCUCUUGCUGGCCAAAAUAAAGGUAUUACUGUCCCAUUGUUCAAGCGAAGCUAUGGCAGUUCGCUGGCAAAAGAUGGUGUAAUUGUCCCCACUGCGUUGACUGCUUUUGCGAGACAAGUUCAGACGAAAUACGCCCGAGGAAACGCAGCAUAUAAGAAGAAAACUGGCAAAGCCCUGUUUGCCAAUCUGGAGCACUCCCUCGCAAGGCGCCAAAACGAAGCACUUACCGACGAGAGCGGAGAGCUAUGGGCCGGCCAAAUUACCAUAGGCACCCCUGCCCAAUCAUUUCUGGUAGACUUCGAUACUGGGUCGGCUGAUAUCUGGGUUCCCAACUCGUCCUGUAACUCCGGAGGAUGCUCCGGCCACAAUUCCUACGAUCCGUCUGAAUCAUCAACAUCUGUGUCCGAGUCCGGUGAUUUUAGCAUUCAAUAUGGAGAUGGAAGCACAUCUUCCGGCCCGAUCUACACCGACACAGUGACUGUAGCAGGACUGGCAGCUAACAAUCAAUACUUCUCCGCCGUGACAUCCGAGUCCGAAAGCUUUGCCUCUGACCCCAGCGAUGGUUUGGUGGGACUCGCAUUCUCAUCUAUAUCUCAAAUUGGCCAACCUACAAUUAUCCAAAAUCUGUAUUCGUCUGGAGUUAUCUCCGAACCCACCUUUGGGUUCAAGCUAGCUUCCUCGGGUGCCGAGUUGUACAUUGGAGGGGCGGAUGAAUCGCUUUAUACAGGUGAUAUUACAUAUUCACCGUUGACCAGCGAAUCCUACUGGUUGACUACUGGGAGUGCCGCUGUUGAUGGAUCCAGUGCAUAUUCUGGUGGGAUGAUCAUCGAUUCAGGUACAACCUUGAUCGUCGGUCCGGCUGAUUCCGUGGCAUCCUUCUGGAGCGCAGUAGACGGCGCCGAGGCCUGCGACUCCAGUGUAUGUGGCGGGGAUGGGUAUUACACUUUCAGCUGCUCUAACCCUCCAAACAUUGCCUUUGAGUUUAAUGGGGCAUCUUUUGCCAUGUCAAGCUCGAGUUUGAGCAUCGGUACCACUGACAGUUCGGGAUCGACUUGUGUUGGUUCAAUCAUGGCCACUAGCUCGGUCCCUGAUAACGCUUGGAUUGUCGGCGAUGCGUUUAUGACCAACGUUUACAGUGUAUUUGAUCAAGCCAACUCCCAAGUUGGGUUUGCUAACCUUGCUUAG